GCCUACCAUGUCUAAUGAGAAGGUUGCAGAUGAGUACUCCUUCCAGGAGCAGGGCAUGAGCAAGGUCCCCAACCUCAAUGCGAACGUGUCUGCAAAGAUUAAGAAUCCGUUGAUCGGAAUUCCAGAAGAUCAACUCAUGGCAGACGUAGAACGGUUUGCUAGAGAUCAGGAAUUAACUGAUAUCCUUCCGCUUCUUAAGCACGGAGCGAUUGCCGCGCAGAACCCAUUGGACUUUGAGACCCAGAAGGGCCUAACGGAUGAAGAGCGCGAUAUUCUCCGUUAUGAAAUUUCGCACAAAUGGAAGCAACCAACGUCUCUUUACUUCACAAUCAUCCUCUGUUCAAUCGGUGCUGCUGUCCAGGGCUGGGAUCAGACGGGUUCAAACGGUGCCAACUUGUCCUUCCCAGUCGAGUUUGGAAUUGGCACGGACUCGGAUCGCGACACAUUCCUUGUCGGUCUCGUCAAUGCCGGUCCUUACAUUGCAUCAGCGGUCCUUGGUUGCUGGCUCUCGGACCCUCUUAACAAUUAUUUCGGUCGUCGCGGUACCAUCUUUUUCUCGGCUAUCUUCUGUCUCUUUCCUGUCAUCGGCUCCGGCCUUGCCCAGACGUGGGAGCAACUCUUCAUCACUCGUCUUCUUCUCGGUAUUGGGAUGGGUUCCAAAGCGUCUACCGUUCCUAUUUACGCUGCUGAAAACUCUCCUGCACUAAUUCGUGGAAGUUUGGUCAUGACAUGGCAAUUGUGGACCGCAUUCGGUAUUUUCCUUGGCUUUGCCGCUAACAUGGUAGUCAUGGACGUGCCAGUCAUUGCGUGGCGUCUACAGUUGGGAUCGGCAUUCAUUCCUGCGAUGCCACUCCUCAUUGGCAUCUACUUUUGCCCGGAGUCUCCUCGUUGGUACAUGAAGAAGGGCCGCUAUCGUGAUGCAUACAACUCUCUCUUGAGGUUGCGCAAUCAUCCAUUACAGGCUGCUCGUGAUCUGUACUACGUUUAUGCGCAGCUACAGGUUGAAUCUGAGUUUAUUGGCCAGUCUAAUUAUCUCACUCGAUUCAUUGAGCUCUUCACUAUUCCCCGUAUACGCCGUGCCACCCUUGCAGCAUUCAUCGUUAUGAUGGCGCAACAGAUGUGCGGCAUUAAUAUCAUCGCUUUCUAUUCGUCGACGGUGUUCAAGGAGGCCGGUGCAUCGGAGAAGGCAGCAUUGAUCGCCUCGUUCGGGUUCGGUCUUGUCAAUUUCGUGUUUGCGUUCCCCGCUCUUCGCACAAUCGACACCUACGGGCGUCGGUCUCUCCUGCUGUUCACAUUCCCGCAGAUGGCAUGGACACUUCUCGCUGCCGGUUUCUGCUUCUACAUUCCAAAGGAGAGCAAGGCCCACUUGGGACUAAUCGCAUUCUUCGUUUUCCUGUUCGGCGCAUUCUACUCUCCAGGAGAAGGCCCGGUCCCGUUCACGUACUCCGCAGAAGUAUUCCCACUGUCUCAUCGUGAAGUCGGAAUGUCCUGGGCAGUCGCAACUUGUCUCUUCUGGGCUGCCGUGCUUUCUAUCACAUUCCCUCGCAUGUUGAAUGUAAUGACACCGACUGGAGCGUUUGGGUUCUAUGCUGGCCUCAACGUCCUCGCAUUCAUCAUGAUUUUCUUCUGGGUACCGGAGACGAAGCAGCGCACGCUCGAGGAGCUCGAUUAUGUCUUCGCUGUACCUACUCACAAGCAUGCUUCUUACCAGCUCACAGAGUGGCUUCCGUGGUUUUUCAAACGAUACAUCCUCCGGAUCAAGUCAGCGCGUCUCGAACCCCUUUAUCAUUUCGAAGGAGUUGCUGCAAGCGAGAGUGACCUCUUACACGGAAAGAAUUAGAUACAUGAAUCAUUCCCAUACAUUGUCUUUCGCCAGUCUUGCGAUAGACAUGCGCAUUCUGUGCUCGACACUGCAGAUGUUGGUAGGACGUAUAUAUAUGGUUCGUGGAGAUCAGGUCAUGAUAAAUAGUCCCGUUCCUGUUCACGAUUACGAAGGUGUUCAUAUUAUGUUUAUAACUCCCCUCCCCCUGUCCCCUUCUCUCUGCAUUCGAAUAUUUAUUAUCUC